CUUCUGCCCAAAAGGAUGUCUAGGCAAGGUAUCAAGCUCUUGCGCGCCCUCUCAAGACACUCUUGAUGACAAUGCCUAUUACCUCUACCCGCGCGUAUUCCGUCAAAAUCCGCCAACGGACUCCGAAGAACUCGUCGCUGUCGAGACUCGGAUGCUCACCGACAAUGCACCGUCACUGCUGUGCCUCGCAACCGCAAUUAUCCCGUUGCUCUGAGCGGGGCGGGGCGGGGCUGGAUGCUUGGUGCAGGCAACGAUCGUGCCAUGGGCGUCACCGUAUAAAAAGGCGGCCGUCGUUGGCGCAGCACAAUUACUCCCCGCGUCCGACUACUGCGUCCCUUCGAAGCGCAGUUCAAUAUGACCGCCUUACUUCGUCUUGCCUCUGUCGCUGUGCUUGCUGGCCUUGCGCAAGCUCGAUUUGUCCACCACACCACCGCGAAGGUUAGUUCACGAUCGAAUUCUGGCGUCGAUGCGCUUCAGGGCAGUCGUGCGGGCACGGCUACGACUUAUGGUGGUAACUGGAGCGGCGGCGCAUGUUCGUUCGCCGAUUAUGACCAGGGAAGUUUCGACGGAGUGGCCAUCGGCUCGAGCGAGUGGUUCGGAAGCGCAUCAUGCGGCGCAUGCCUGUCUGUGACUGGCGCGAGCGGGACAGCCACCGUCAUGGUCGUCGACAAGUGCCCCGAAUGCGAAGCGGGUCACCUUGACCUAUUUCAAGACGUUGCCAGCAAAAUCGACGUUGAUGAUGCCACGAAGGGCAUCUUCGAUAUCACCUGGGAGCAAGUCGACUGCCCUGUCUCCGGAAACAUGCAAUUCAAGAACAAAGAAGGGACCAGCGGAUACUACUUUGCUCUCCAGGUCCGCAACGUCGUCGAGCCCGUCGACAGCCUCGAGGUCUCGACUGACGGUGGCUCGUCCUGGACCUCGGUCGCCCGCGAGGACUACAACUACUUUACCAGCUAUAGCGGCUUCGGCGACCAAGUAGACGUCCGCGUCACCUCCAUGACGGGCAAGCAGAUUGUCCAGUCGGGCAUUGCCGUGUCUAGCGGGUCCGUCGUCGAGGGCGGGUCGCAGUUCUGAUCUGAUCCCUGCGGCCUGCACUGCGCUGGCGCAGCCGACGUCCUCCGAAGCCCUAACUUUACGCUCACGAAUUCCCAAACUCUGGAAGAUUCCGAAUACUAUGCUUGGCCACCGCCAGUGACGGACGGGGUUCGCAAAGGGUCGGUAUGUCUGCAUCGCCUCCACUGUCGUACUAGCGUCUCGGGGCAUCACGGUCGGCGCUCAGCCCGAUGAUUCUUGUUCGCAGUCUGCCCGGGCUGGCGGGCGAGGGGGCCAGUAGCAUGUGCGCCACCGCGUAUGUGGUUCGCACGCACCAGAUACGGAGGCCGCGCCGCUGCGUACGGACGGCGCUGGAGGGCCCGCGUAUAGUCCAUCUGUAUUCAAUUUUGGCUCAAGGGGUAGACUCGAAUGUAUGGCUUGCACGCGA